AUGACGGACCCUCUCGACCUGGUCAUCUGCGCCACCUGCGGCACGCAAUACUCGACCCUGACACCUCCUCCGACCUGCACCAUCUGCGACGACCCCCGCCAAUACGUCCCUCCCACCGGCCAAACCUGGACCACCCUCCGCACGCUCCAAACCUCAACCCCCACUCCCAACACCCCCAACAACAACAGCACCACCACCAGCAGCAGCACACCCCCCAAACCCAAAUACACCAACAUCCUGACCCCCCUCCCGCACGCCCCCGAAAUCCUGACCAUCCACACAACCCCCAAACUCGCCAUCGGCCAACGGGCCUUCCUCCUGUGCACCCCCCACGGCAACAUCCUCUGGGACUGUCUCACCUACCUGGACGACCGGACCAUCGCGCACAUCCAUUCCCUCGGCGGGAUCUCCGCCAUCAUCAUCUCCCAUCCGCAUUACUAUACUACCCAUUUGGUCUGGGCGGAGGCGUUUCAGUGUCCGGUGUAUUUGUCGGUUGAGGAUAGGGAGUGGGUUAUGCGGGUUGAUACUGAUGAUAAAGGGGAGGGGUCGGCGAGACAGGUCUUCUGGGAGGGAAAGGAGAUGGAGGUGAUUAAGGGGUCGGGGGUGUGGGGGAUUAAGACCGGGGGACAUUUUCCGGGGAGUUCGGUGGUGUGGUGGCCUGGAGAGGGGAUGAAGGGGGCGUUGUUGUUGGCGGAUACGAUUGGGACGGUGCCGAGUGGGAUGGGCGAUUAUGGGGAGGGAGGGGGGAAGGGGUGGGAUGUGGACUCGGAGAUGGGCAUGGGGAGGAUCACGUAUACGUUUAUGUGGAGUUUUCCGAAUAUGAUUCCUCUUCCUCCAGAUGACGUGCAUAAUAUCUGGAAGGCUCUCAAGCAUACCGAGUUCGACCAGGCCUAUGGGGCGUUCAUGGGCAUGGACACCGCGGGGAAGUGCAAGCAACGACUCCUGGACAGUGCAAAGAUCUUCGUCAAGGCGAUGGGAUACCUAGACCAUGCAAUUCACGCGGAGGAAUGUCCCUGA